AUGGUAGAGGGGGAAAAAGAAAAGAAGAAAGGAUCAUGCUUUAGUAUUGUAAUAGUUCUUUGUAUUAUUUUGGUCGUGGGAUUAGAUAUCGUUGCCGGUUUCGUGGGAUUGCAAGCCGAAGCCGCCCAACGAGAGGGGAAGCACGUGAGGGUGUGGCUUCUCGAGUGUAAAGCUCCAAGCCAAAAAGCUUUCCAGUUAGGGAUAGCAGCAUUAGCGUGUUUGGUAGCAGCUCAUAUCAUUGCCAAUUUGAUCGGAUGCAGUAUCUCCAGUAUAGUCAGAGCACUUUCCGGCGUACCUAAGAUCACUGGAUACUUCAACCUAGCCUGCCUUGGCCUCACUUCGAUCGUAGGAAUUGUGGCAGCAGGGGCUCUUACGAUGGGGGUAUGGUCGAACCGAGAGUCAAGAUCAAAAUGUGGAUUCACAAACCGACAUAUUCUCUCUUUCGGAGGCAAAUUGUGUUUCCUUCAUGCCAUUGUCUCUUUCCUUUUCUACCUAUCCCAUGUGAUCACUAAAAAGAGUUGUUGUUAG